CUCACAUCUGACAGGCAGCGCCGUCAUGGUGGACGCCAGCUUAAUAUUGACAGUGGUCUCCCUCAUCAUUGCAAUCAUUGCGUUUGUGGUUGCAACGGCACAAGCAUUACUGCAGUUUGCCGGCAGCGCUGAAGGCUAUCGACAAUGUCGGGAACACGUGAUGGGGGGAUGGGGUGCGCAAACGAAAAGGGUGUUUGCCUGGGAGGAAUUCCGGUUCAAGGUCAUGCUCAGGACGCCAGUUCUGUUUGUCGCUCGGCCAGAAAACGAUCGAGGCCCUAUGGGCCCUGACCGACCGAUUCACGCAAUCACCGGCACGCUGGAAAGCUACGAGAACACGCACUGCAGGAAGCCCUCGCAGCAAGCCGAGGACCCCAGUGCCGGAGCUAUCCGUGUGCAUACUACCGAUGAUGAACUUGCUUCGUGGGUGAUUUUGAUGGAAACGCUGCACAAGGCCGAAGCGGAGGGGCGGAGCUGGGAUCUCGAGCAAGCUCUGCAAGGACAGUCGAAGCCUCGUGGCCGGGUGUUGUCCACUCUGGUGGUGCAGGUGCAGGAGAAGCAACGGAGCUGGGAUCAGAUGCCAGAUGGAGUCAAAAAACCGUUUGCCACCACGAACAUUAGCCAUGUGGUAGAAAUUGCAGCGUUGCUUGGCUUGCAGUGGGUCAAAUUCGACCAGGAUACGUGGAAUUUGCGAGCAGAAGGCAAUGGCCUCAUGUUGUUGUCGCAGCCGAUCUGGGGCUUGGGCGUCAGCGUGUCGUUCUCAGUGACGGGGAAGACCACGUUCCAGGAGAAGCGCAUGAUCCCGUGUCGUGCUGUGAAAGCGCUCUCAUUUGGAACGGUCGACACUACGUUUCCCGACUUACAGCUGAACUUUGAACCGAAGAAGGAGGCAUGGGAGGAUAUGUAUGUCACGCAGCGGACAUUGAGGCGACUCAAACUGAAUCGGAAGACCAUGGAGCGAUACUUUGAUCGGAAAGAACAUAGCGUUGUUCGAUCCGUCAAUUUCGAAAUCAUCGCCAUGCUCGGCCAGGUCUUCCGCAUUCCCGGAAGCAGCUUCAAAAGAAUCCCCAAUCCCACUCCCGACCCAUGGCUCACCGAUCUCGAUCCCUGCCGCAUUCACGUGGAGUUUCAAAACAACAUUGCACGAAUGAUGCACGACGCGAACUCGUCAGCCACGGACCAGCUCCUCUGGAUCCACCAGGUCUGGAACGAACGCCUGCAACCCCGGUGGAAAGAACGUGUAGAAGAGAUCGAUAUCGACAUGCGGAACGCGGUCCAAGCAGUCCUGGAACAAUGCGACACCUAUCUCCACACGUGCGGCGAGCCCAGUGUCAUAUUUGUCGUGGGCGCUCACGUGUCUGCCGUUCUGGAAGAAAUCAACGAUCCCCAAUCCUUUCUCCAUUCUCGAGAAUGCGAUACCGAAGCAGAAAUUUGGAGUCACUAUUUUGAGCACAUUUGGGCAAAAGUCCAUGCCUUUCCCGGAGUGUCUGUCGCAGAGGAGAAGAUGAAGGAGAAGAAGAUGGCAAUGAUCUCUUCUUCUGUACCGAGUGCAGCUAAGCUGAGGCAGGAUAUGUGGUUGACGUUGAUGUGUCGGAUGAGUUUGUGGUGGUUGUUGCAUGACUUUGAUGAAAGGGAUACGUUGAUUAUCCCGACCACGGUGAAGGAAAGCAGGAUGCCCGUUUACAUACUAUGAUUUGCCCAUGAAACAUGUGCAGGAACUACUCGUUGUGGGAAUGCUCACACCACCACCACCACCACCACUACUACUGUCACAGCGGAGUUGAUAUUCCCGGUCUGGCUGUUUCCAGUGGACGUGGUCUUUUAUUGAGACCGAUUCAGUAGAAGCGUCAUGAAGAUUUUGGAUUAGUGACUACUUCUCCUGUUGCGAACAAGACUAUAAACGGGCGAUCCGAAGCAUGAAAUUUCUCGUUGAACUCAAUGAUGCAUGAUAGUAGUGCUGUAAAUUCCUCUUCUGCGUCACAAAACAAUGACAAAAGCAGUGUUUCUCACCGAGGUGUCCCACAACAGCGACGACUACACCACUGGGAAAGAAUGCCAGCCAGACCGGCUGUUCCCGAGCAUGCUCACACCCCCUCCCUUGCCCCCUCCCCACACUCUUCGCUUUCUUCCCCUUCAUAACCACCACCAUCACCAACAGAGACCGUUCUGCUUACAAGGCAGCCAGGACAGCCAUUCCGAGCGCGCCGAGGGCAGCGCCGGCAGCAAUCGGCAUUUGUGUGGGGGCCAGGCCUCCCGAAGUCGACGUGCCGCUGGCAGCAGUGCCCGAGGCAGAGGCGCUCGAAGCGAGCCUGCUGAGAGUGCCAGACGCAGAGCUGGCGACGUUGGAGAGCGUGCUCGCGACACCGGCACGAGUGGAAGCCGCCUCGGUGAUGCUGGCAAUGGCCUCGGUGAUGGACGAGCGGACACCGCCCGUGGCCGUGGCGGCAAUGCUCGAGAGGGAGCCGAGAGCGGCCGAAGCGGAGGCCUGGGCGUCCAAGACCGAGGUCAGAGCGGCGUCAAUGAUGGAGGACUGGGCGCCCAUGGCACUGGUGGCAGCAGCGUAGGCGGCCGAGUUGUACGACGCCAGUUGGUCGGGAGAGUAGUUGGGGUCAGCCGUGGCGGCGGCAGCAGCAGAGACGACCUCGGCCGAGAUGGAGGCCACCUGGGCAGCGACCGAGGCGGCGAUCGAAUCUUCAGUGUUGUUGUUGUUGUUCGAGUCUUGAGCAAAGACCAUGGCGCUCAGGCCGAGGAUGAUUACGGAAGCCUUCAUGAUGUCUGGUGGGAAUGCGUUCUGCCGGGAGAUGAAUAUGAUGGUAUGGUACAGUAUGUAGUUCGAAUGUAAUGGUAUGGCGAUGGUAUACUGGAGACGGGAGCAGUGCAGAGGUGAACGAGUGACGGGAAGGAUACAAUGGCUGCGUAGGGAGCGUACGAUAGCGUAGGAAAGAGAGAGAGAGGGAGA